AUGAAGAGUGAACUUGUGCAGAAACUUGCGUUUGCACUAUUCUCGACUGUGGUGGCAUCUACACCCGACGAAGUGCGGAUACCGACGAAAGAACAAAGCCAGUCAGUGCCCAAUCACGAGAUAAGUACCGAGAUUGGCUCUCUCAGCGACGAUGUUAUCUACAAGAGCGAACAGGAGCAGCUCGUACAGUCCAUUCAAUUGAAUUCCACGUCGCAGAAUGCUCCGACCGCUGAAGACUGGCAUGGCCGCUGGUCUUAUGAACCUGUGUGUACAGAGUUUCUAGAGGUGCUAGAAAGUGAGCUGUGUGUCUAUACAAAUGCAACAUUCAGCCACGGGCGAGGCAUCUCUAUCUUCACGACACCGAAGAUAGCCGAAGAGGCCGCAGGAUUGCUACCGUUCCAUGAUGCCGGAGUUCUUGAGAAACGCGGAAUCAAUAGCCCAGAAGGACCCUGGUACACCAAAGAGCUGCCAGGAAAAGGCAUCGGCAUGCUGGCGAAGCAAGACCUGAAACGCGGGGAUCUUGUCACUGCGUUUACACCCUACCUGCUAGCCCACGCGGAGAAUGUGCUUACGACCAUGGAACGGGAAAAGUUCUUACAGAUUGGACUGAAGCAGUUGCCAACAGCAAGUCAAGAGCACUACCUCAGCCUUGCGAAGUACUACAAUGAUCCGAGUGUGGUUGUGCAGGACGUGGUGAAAGCGAAUGCGUUCGAGAUGCAGGUGGGCGGACUGAUGCAUCUCGCAGUCUUCCCAGAGUCUUCUAGGCUGAACCAUGCGUGUGCACCAAAUGCGCAAUACUACCUCGAGUCGGACAUGCUCACGCAUGUCGUGCGUGCAGCCCGGCCAAUUGCUCGAGACGAAGAAAUCACAAUCGCGUACUCGCCGCCGUUCCGCCCACACAACGUGCGACAAGAGUACCUACAAGACGCCUUCCGCUUCACAUGCACCUGCUCACGCUGUCAAAAGGGCGAAGCUACCGACCAGUCUCUGCUUGAAAUCCACAAUCUGCAGCAAAGCCUUGGGAACUGGGCAGCUGAUUCGCAAGCCAGUGUCAAGCAGGCGGAACGAUUGGUCAAAGUGUACCUUGAGGAGGAACUCGAUGGGUUUCUCGACUUCGCGUAUGGCCACGCGGCAUUGACUUACAACUCGAUGGGGAGCCAAAGGGGGACGAUUAAGUAUGCUCAGUUGGCGGCUGAGGCGGCAGCACUCAAUCAUGGGCCUCAGUCAUCGAACGUCAAGACUUGGAUGAACCUGAUGAGUGAUCCGAUGGCGCAUUCUAGCUGGAGGAGGAGAAAGGAUAACCCUGUGGUGGUCGUUGAAUAG